AUGUCUGGCUUUAUCCUCGGGAAAGAAGCACAAGAUGAUGGCAAAAAGUCUGUGAAGUCGCUUCUCAGUCAUAUACGAAAGGACAAGGGACCAGAUCUGAAAGAAGUGGUGUAUCUCAUCAUCAAUAUCAAGAAUCAAAUCUCUAAGACCAAAGACUACACUCCAAGAAUAAUACCUAUAACGCAUAAGUUGGAUAAAUUACAAGAUAAGUCAAUUCUCCUAGUCACUAAAGAUCCCUCCACCCCAUACAGGAAGGCAUUGACAGAAAAAGACUCACCAACUGAGGAUGUAUUCAAUCAAAUCUUCACGCUCACAAAGUUAAGAAGUAUUGCGAAGGAUCCCAAGAAGCUUCUGAAGAUAUUCAAAGAGUACGACAUUGUAGUGGCAGACAACAGAGUGUACAAGUUCUUACCUGGUACCCUCGGGGCCCAAUUCUACGUGAAAAAUAAAAAAUUGCCGUACAUGAUUCAAAUGGCCAAGCCAGACGUCAAUGCAAAGCUCACACAGGGUAAAAAGAACCCUUCCAAGCUAAAGGACGACAGAUGCGAGCCAUUAUAUGUGAAGCAGCAGAUGAAAUCCAUAGUGAGAAAUACAAGCUUUCUACCCCCUGUGAAUGGGAACUGCAUGAGUAUCAAAGUCGGAUAUUCCAACUGGAAGAGCGAGGAAAUUUUGACCAACAUUAACGAUGUGUUGAAAUAUUUGGUUGAGUCCAAGUACCAGCCCGUUGGUGGAGUGUUGAGAAGUGUGAAGAAUAUUCAAAGUGUUCACAUCAAGACCAGUGAGAGUAUAAGUUUACCCAUUUGGAAACAAAAGGGAGAGGAGGAGACUGGUGAAGAUGAAGACAGUGACUUUGAUUUUUAG